AUGUCAUUGGGAGAAAAAGUGAUAGAAUAUUCAACUUUCAAGAAGAAAGAUGACCUUUUGAAGGAUCAUUUUAAGCCUACUAUAAAGCUCUUUCAGUCUAAAUUUUUGACAAGUUUUGAGGCUGUACAGCCUAUCAAUUCUGAUCUGGUGAAUUAUCUUACUUCAGAAGAAGUUCUAAUAUCCAAUAAAAAUCUUUCUGGAUAUUUCAAGGUUUCAUCAUUUUUG